UCUCCUCUUCAUUUGAUGGCAUAUUUGUUGAAUCCUUAUUACCAUUAUAAGGAUCCACAACUUCAUUUGGAUGAAGUUGUAGGUGUUGGGGUUGUUGAUUUUUGUGAUAUUCUAUUCGUCAAUGAUUUUGACAUGCAAAAUAAGAUUUUAAGUGAAGAAUUGUCAAAAUAUAAGAAGAAGGAGGGGAUGUUUGGAAGAAGUAUCGCAAUCAAAGCAUGUGGGGUGAAUGAUGACAACUUUAAUCCCGCAAAUUGGUGGUCAACUUUUGGUAUCUCAGCCCCUUUAUUGAGAAGAAUAGCCAUAAAGAUUCUUUCUUUAACAUCUAGUUCUUCGGGGUGUGAAAGAAAUUGGAGCACGUUUGAAGGGAUACAUACAAAGAAGAGAAAUAGGCUUGAAUCAAAUCGUCUCAACAAUUUAGUUUUUGUCCAAUUUAAUGCUACUUUGAUGAACAAGAACAAGCAAGAUAAAAAUAUUGAAAAGUUGGUUGGUAGUGAUGCAAGUUUAGCACAAGAUUGGAUUGUGGAAAAUGUUGAGAAUGAUGAGAAUGAGCCGGGAAUGGAUUGCAACAAUAAUGCUAUAGAAGUGGAUGAAGCAUUACAACCCCGUAGAAGUGCUAGAUUGAGGGAUCUUGAUGAAGAUAACUUUGAAUCGGAAGGGGAAAGUGAGGUGGAAAUAAAUGAAGUGGAGUUUGAAGAUGAUGGGCAACGUGUUAUUGAGCAAUAUGGACAAGAUGAAGAAAUUGGCAAUGAUCCUAUUCAAUCAUGAUUC